AUGUUUUGGACAGCGGGUACGAUUAUUCGUAGAGUUCGUGACUUCACGAAAUAUAUCAACGGCUCGCCACAGCGACUGCAAAACUUAAGAAAAGUUGCGGAUGUAGUCGCAGCAGAUGUUACUGCGAAGAAGCUGGUACAAGAUGUGUCAACGCGGUGGAAUUCGACUUGGGCAGUGUUGAAGCGUGCAUUUUUACUUCGCGAAGUCAUUGGAGCCUACAUAUACAGCGGCUCCGAGCUUCGGAAGCAUGCGCUUGAAGAACAUGAAUGGGCUCUUGUGCACGAAGUUAUUAAGCUGCUUGAACCGUUCGAAGAGGCUACGGUGUUGUUGACAUCUGCAAAGCAUCCCUCUAUUAUGGCAGCUGCACCAGCAUACUCCAUGCUAUUGGAGAGAAUUCAAGCGACUAUUCGUUCAUGUGAAGGUGCAGUUCUUGAAUCGUCGAUCCGGGCUAUGAUGAAGAAGUUGCAGGCAUACAAGGAAAAAGCUGAUGGUCAGUACGUAUACAAGCUUGCAACAGUCUUGGAUCCUCGAAUCAAGUUGAAUUUUUUUGAAGAUUCUAACGAGGACAUAUGA